UCUCUCUAUCCCUCCCUCUCUCUCUCUCUCUCUCUCUUCUCUUUGUCUCUCUGUCUGUCCUGACCCACCGGUCCCCCAGAGUCCUGGCUCCACCAUGUCUUUGGCGUUCUGCGGCAAUGAGAACAACUCGGCCGCCUACAACGUGGACGGCGGAGUGCUCAACAAUGGCUGCUUCCUGGACGCCCUCACCGUGGUGCCCCAUGUGUUUCUGCUCUUCAUCACCUUCCCCAUCCUCUUCAUCGGCUGGGGCAGCCAGAGCUCCAAGGUGCACAUCCAUCACAGCACCUGGCUGCACUUCCCUGGACACAACCUGCGCUGGAUCCUCACCUUCAUCCUGCUCUUCGUCCUGGUGUGUGAGAUCGCCGAGGGCAUCGUGUCCGACGGGUUCACACAGUCCCAUCACCUACACCUCUACAUGCCCUCAGCCCUGGGCUUCAUGGCCGCCAUCACUUCCAUAGUGUACUAUCACAACAUCGAGACGUCCAACUUCCCCAAGCUCCUGCUAGUGCUGCUGGUGUACUGGGUGCUGGCGUUUGUGACCAAGACGCUGAAGUUUGCCAAGUACACGGAGCACGGGGUGGGCAUGAAGCAGCUGCGCUUCUGCAUCACAGGGCUGCUGGCCCUGCUCUACGGCCUGCUGCUCGCCGUCGAGGGCAACGUCAUCCUGGGCCGGCGCUACGUCUGCUUCCAGCAAGCCACAGAGGUCAAGCCCCCAGAGGACCUGCAGGACCUGGGUGUCCGAUUCCUGCAGCCGUUCGUCAACCUGCUGUCCAAAAGCACAUAUUGGUGGAUGAACACCUUCAUCACCAACGCACAUCGCCGACCCAUCGACCUCAAGGUCCUCGGCAAGCUCCCCAUCGCCAUGCGAGCGCUCACCAACUACCUGAAGCUACGCAAGGUUUUCGAGGAUCAGAGGAGGCCUCAGGGCAGUCAGCCCCAGGGAUCCCAGUGGAUCUGGAAGGCCCUGCGAAAGGCGUUCGGCAGGCCGCUGAUCCUCAGCAUCUCCUACCGCUUCAUGGCUGACCUGCUGGGCUUCGCCGGGCCGCUCUGCAUCUCCGGGAUCGUGCACCACAUCAGCAAGGAGAACCGCACCAUUCAGCCACCGGUGAAGCUGCUGGGGGUCUACUUCAUCUCAUCGCGGGAGUUCCUGGCCAAUGCCUACGUCCUGACCGUGCUGCUGUUCUCGGCGCUGCUCCUGCAGAGGACCUUCCUCCAGGCCUCCUACUACGUGGCCAUCGAGAACGGCAUCAACCUCAGAGGAGCCGUGCAGACGAAGGUCUACAACAAGAUUAUGCGUCUCUGCACGUCCAACUUGUCGAUGGGUGAGAUGACCGUGGGUCAGAUAUGCAACCUGGUCGCCAUCGACAUCAAUCAGCUCAUGUGGUUCUUCUUCUUGUGUCCAAACCUCUGGGCCAUGCCAGUUCAAAUUGUUGUGGGAGUGAUUCUGUUGUACUACCUCUUGGGUAUAAGUGCCUUGAUUGGAGCCACCGUCAUUGCAUUCCUGGCCCCAGUGCAGUACUUUGUGGCAACCAAGUUGUCUGAAGCACAAAAAAGUACUUUGGAGUACUCGAAUGAGCGUUUGAAGAAGACCAACGAGCUGCUGAGGGGCAUCAAGCUCCUGAAGCUCUACGCCUGGGAGCACAUCUUCUGCGGCAGCGUGGAGGAGACACGCAAGAAGGAGCUCACCAGCCUGCAGAGCUUCGCCCUCUACACCUCCAUCUCCAUUUUCAUGAAUACAGCCAUCCCAAUCGCAGCUGUUCUUACCACGUUCGUGGUCCACGUUCACAUCUCGGAGGAUGCGAGUCUGUCUCCAGCUGUGGCGUUUGCCUCCCUGUCCCUCUUCCACAUCCUGGUCUCGCCUCUCUUCCUUCUCUCCAGCGUGGUGCGCUCCACCGUCAAAGGCCUGGUCAGUGUGCAGAAGCUUAGCGAGUUCUUCUCCUGUGACGAGAUCGGAGAAGAGCAGGAGCCCAGGACCACUCUUCCCCCUGCCUCCUCCAAGAACAGCAAGUACCAGGCCCUGCCUCUAAAGGUGGUGAACCGUAAGCGUCCUGGCCGGGAGGACUGGAACAACUUUGGACUCCAGCGAGACCUUGAGGAGGAGAGCCUCUCGCUGGACGAUGAGGACACCUGCAUCAAGAUUAGCAAUGGAUACUUCACCUGGGUAGAUGGACCCGCCACACUGUCAAAUGUUAAUAUAAAGAUUCCAUUUGGUCAGCUCACCAUGAUUGUGGGACAGGUGGGAUGUGGGAAAUCCUCCCUGCUGCUGGCUGCUCUGGGGGAGAUGCAGAGAAUCUCUGGGAGUGUCCUCUGGAACAGUCUUCCCAACCUGGACUCAGAAGGUGAUGAGAGCCCGACUUGCAAAGACACAGCCGGAGAUGGCGAUAUCAGGAGGAGGGGUUCUGUGGCCUACGCUUCCCAGAAGCCCUGGCUCCUUAACGCCACCCUGGUGGAGAACAUCACCUUUGAGAUGCCCUUGAUCAAAGAGAGAUAUAAGACUGUCAUAGAAGCCUGUUCCCUGCAGCCGGAUAUCGACAUCCUGCCACAGGGGGACCAAACUGAGGUCGGCGAGCGGGGUAUCAUCCUGUCAGGAGGCCAGCGCCAGCGCAUCGGAGUGGCAAGAGCCCUUUACCAGUCCACUAAUGUAGUCUUUCUGGAUGACCCCUUCUCUGCCCUGGACAUCCACCUGAGCGACCACCUGAUGCAGGAGGGCAUCCUGAAGCUGCUGAGAGAGGAGAAGCGGACAGUAGUGCUGGUCACUCAUAAGCUGCAGUACCUGCCCCACGCUGACUGGAUCAUUGCCAUGAAGGAUGGGAGCAUUCACACAGAGGGCACCCUGAAGGACAUUCAGAACGCAGAGCCGGAGCUGUUUGAGCAGUGGAAGACCCUCAUGCACCGACAGGACAAGGAAUUUGAGAAGGAGACGGUGGCGGAGAGCAUGACGGUGCUGGAGAGGAAGAAUCUCCGCAGGGCCAUGUACUCACGCGAGGCCCUCAAGACCGAGGAAGAGGAUGGAGAGGAGUCCACGGAGAGCGACGAGGAGGACAACCUGUCGCAGGUGAUGCGUCACCGCACCACCAUCCCGUGGCGCUCGUUCGGCACGUACCUGAGCUCGGCCGGCCUGCUCCUGCUGCUGCUGCUGCUGCUCUCGCAGCUCUUCAAGCACUCGCUCCUGGUGUCCAUCGACUACUGGCUCGCCCACUGGACCUCCAACGUCAUCAGCGCCAAGAUCGAGGCGGCCGGGCGCAACUGCACCUCGCCACAGGAGUGUGGCUUCAGCCACUCGUCGUACCUGCUGGUGUUCAGCGUGCUGUGUUGCCUGGGCAUCGCGCUGUGCCUGGUCACCUCGGUAACGGUGGAGUGGACAGGCCUGCGUGUGGCCAAGGAGCUCCACAGCAACCUGCUCAAAACCAUCAUACUGGCCCCUAUGAGGCUUUUUGAGACGACGCCGCUUGGCAGCCUCCUGAACAGGUUUUCAACAGAUACAAACACCAUCGAUCAGCACAUCCCAGCCACUCUGGAGUGUCUGAGUCGCUCGGCGCUGCUGUGUAUCUCUGCUCUGGGCGUGAUCUCCUUCGUGACGCCCGUCUUCCUCAUCGCACUGGUGCCCCUGGCCAUCGCCUGCUACUUCUUCCAGAAAUACUUCAGAGUGGCCUCCAGGGACCUGCAGCAGCUGGAGGACUCUACUCAGCUGCCUCUGCUGGCCCAUUUCUCUGAGACGGUGGAGGGUCUGACCACCAUCCGCGCGUUUAGAUAUGAGGCCAGGUUCAGGCAGAAGCUACUGGAGUACACCGAUGCCAACAACAUCGCCUCUCUGUUCCUCACCGCAGCCAACCGCUGGCUCGAAGUUCGAAUGGAGUACAUUGGAGCCUGUAUCGUGCUUAUAGCUGCUGUGGCCUCCAUCACAAACUCCAUAUACAACCAUCUGUCCACUGGGCUGGUAGGACUGGGCCUCACUUACGCACUUAUGGUGUCUAAUUACCUGAACUGGAUGGUGCGCAACCUGGCAGACAUGGAGGUGCAGAUGGGCUCCGUCAGGAGGAUCAGUGGCCUGCUGAAGACCGAGCCAGAGAGCUACGAGGGGCUCAUGUCGGCGUCUCAGGUGCCAGACGGCUGGCCCCAGCAGGGGGAGAUCCAGAUCCAGAACCUGAGUGUGCGUUACGACAGCACCCUCAAGCCCGUCCUCAAGAACGUCAACGCCCACAUCAACCCUGGGCAGAAGGUUGGGAUCUGUGGCAGAACGGGGAGUGGCAAGUCCUCCUUUUCUCUGGCCUUCUUUCGCAUGGUGGACACAUUCGAGGGACGCAUCAUCAUUGAUGGGAUUGACAUCGCACAGCUGCCCCUGCAGACACUGCGGUCCCGCUUCUCCAUCAUCCUGCAGGACCCCAUCCUCUUCAGCGGAACCAUACGGUUUAACCUGGAUCCAGAGAAUAAGGCAUCAGACUGUAUGCUUUGGGAAGCCCUGGAGAUUGCCCAGCUCAAGUCUGUGGUGAAAACCUUGCCAGGGGGACUUGAUGCUAUAGUGACGGAAGGUGGGGAGAACUUCAGUCAGGGCCAGCGACAGCUCUUCUGCCUGGCUAGAGCAUUUGUACGGAAGACCAGCAUCCUUAUCAUGGAUGAGGCCACUGCCUCCAUAGACAUGGCUACGGAGAGCAUUCUACAGAAAGUGGUGAUGACAGCUUUCGCUGAUAGGACUGUGGUAACCAUAGCGCACCGCGUUCACACGAUCUUGAAAGCGGACCUGGUUAUCGUCAUGAAGCGCGGGAUCAUUCUGGAGCACGACAGGCCAGAGGUCCUACUGGAGCAGGAGGACAGCGUCUUCGCCUCGUUUGUCAAGGCAGACAAAUAACAACAAGGAGGAAGACAAAGGCAGAAUCAAGGACCUUCGAAGUGCAAUUGCAUCAUGGACUACUACUGUUUUUGUUUUGUUUUGUUUGUUUUUUUUUAUUAUCAUGCAUCAUACUUGUAAAUAAGAUUAUAAUUCUUUAUUAAUAAAAAAAAGAGAGUAAUUUUCA